AUGCGCGCGCACUGUUCCCGCUUCAGCCGCACAAGCUAUGCAGCCGCCUCAACCCACGCUUCUUCCGGCAAGACGGCGCAACGCGCGCUCCACUCGGCGGCGGCCGCUCCCGAUCGCCGCGCGCCGCCCGGGCUCGGUGUGCCCGCCGCGCAACACCUUGGGUGUACGCUCGAGCUCGCCGCGGCGAUCAGGUCGGCCUCUGCGGUCCCCGACGGCGCCCGCGGCGGCGGCAGCGCCCUCGGGAGGUGCCUCCACGGGAUCGCCGUGAAGGCCGGGCGCGUGGCGAGCAGCGCGGCGGUGGCGAAGGCGGUCAUGGACAUGUACGGGCGGUCGGGGGCCCUCGCGGACGCCCGCCUGGUGUUCGACGAAAUUGCGCGCCCCGAUGCGGUGUGCUGGAACAUCCUCAUCACCGCGUCCUCUCGCGGCGGGCACUUCGACGACGCGGUCGGUCUGUUCCGGUCGAUGCUCGCUUGCGGUGCGGUGCAGAGCAUGCCGACCGCGGUGACAGUGGCUGUGGUUGUUCCGGCAUGCGCCAAGUGGAGGCGUUUGCAGACUGGCAGGAGCGUCCAUGGCCAGUGUGACAGGUUUGAUGAUGCUUUCCGUGCUUUCACGGCUAUUCUGAACAAAGAUUUAAUAUCAUGGAAUGCAAUUCUGUCUGCUUGUGCUAACAGUGAACAGCAUAUUGAGGGGUUCUUUGGACUGUUGGGUGAAAUGUGCCAUCAGUGGGACUCAGUCACAGUCUUGAAUGUUAUACGCAUGAGUGCCUUCUGUGGGAUUAACAUGGAUGCAAAUAUAUUUUUCAGAAACCUUGCUGGGCGGAACAUUGUAACUGACAAUAUAAUGAUUUCUUGCUACAUGAAGAAUAACUGUAUAGAGGAUGCCGAGUCUGAAGGAUUGAAACCUGAUAUUGUCAGCAUUACAGGGGUUCUUGAGGCUUGCAUCCAUUUGUGUUCUGUACAGCUUGUGAGACAAUGCCAUACCUACAUGCUCAGAGCAUCCCUAGAAGACAUCCAUCUUGAAGGGGCUCUUCUUGAUGCGUACUCGAAGUGCGGCAACAUAACCAAUGCAUACAACAUCUUUCAAGUCAGCCCAAAAAAGGACCUUGUCACAUUCACUGCCAUGAUUGGAUGUUAUGCGAUGCAUGGAAUGGCAGAAGAGGCAGUAGAGCUGUUCUCUAAAAUGCUUAAACUUGGCAUUAGGCCAGAUCAUGUAGUUCUCACCACACUACUGUCAGCAUGCAGUCAUGCUGGGCUGGUUGAUGCAGGAAUAAAGAUUUUCAAGUCCAUCAGAGAUAUUCACAGAAUUGAACCUACAGCUGAACACUAUGCAUGUAUGGUUGAUCUUCUUGCCCGUAGAGGACAUCUCCAAGAUGCAUAUAUGUUUGCCUUGGAUAUGCCCCCUCACGCAGUCAAUGCAAAUGCAUGGGGCUCCCUUCUAGGGGCAUGCAAAGUCCAUGGAGAAAUCGAACUUGGCCAGCUUGCAGCUGAUCACUUGUUCACUAUGGAGGGUGAGAACAUAGGGAACUACGUCAUUAUGUCAAACAUCUAUGCAGCUGAUGAGAAAUGGGAUGGCGUUGAGCAUGUCAGGAAACUUAUGAAGUCCAAGGAUAUGAAGAAACCUGCAGGAUGCAGCUGGAUUGAGGUUGAGAAGACCAGGCAUUUAUUCAUAGCCAGUGAUGUUAAGCACCAAGAUAGGUCUUGUAUUUAUGAUAUGUUAGGAAGUUUGUACCAGCAGAUCAAAGAUACCCAGACACAGAACAUGACGAUGACACAAUCUAUGUGA